AUGGAUUUGAGUGCAGCGUUGAACUUUUCAACCUCACCAUUGUCGCUGGUCAUGAUGGGACCAGAAACUUGGUAUCAGUAUUCCAUGAAAUAUAAAAUGACUUUGGUUUGCAGCUAUACUUCGGAAGAGCCGGACUGCAAUGCGUUUGUCUCAUCCUGGGAGACAGUGGCACAUAGGUUGCGUGGCCUGGUCAACGUUGGUAAAGUGGAUAUGUCAGUGAACGAUGACGUCACGGAACGAUUUCGCCUGGAUGAUUCUCAGUGUCCAACCUUCCUUCUGUAA